AUGGGACCAAUUAAAGUGGAUCGUAUUAUAAGCAUAAGUAGUGAAGAACAAGUAAAUAAUUUUCCCUCUCAAAUUAUUUUUAAGGUUUUUAUCAUAGUAUUAUACAUUUUUCCUAUUUUAGGCCAACAAAGCAGAAUACAUUUUAAAUAGUUCAGAUUCACAUAAAACAUGGCGUUGUAAGGCUGGAGAAAAACAAGCUACUGUAAUUCUCCAAUUUCUAGAAACGUCAGUCAUUAGCUCCAUUGAUAUUGGAAAUGAUAAUUCGGCCUUUGUUGAAAUAUUUGUUGGAAAAUCUACAUCAGAAGAAUUUCAGGCAUACAUAUUAUAUUAAUAAUAAAAACAUGUAUUUGUUAAAAUAAUAACUCCUUCACAUAAGCAUAGAUAGUUGACGAGUUCAAAACUAAUUCAUAUAAAUAAUAAGAAUUACAAGUAUUUUAAAUAAAUUAAUACAUAAAAAAGUUUAAACAGACAAAAUAAAAUCAAAAAAAUAUCAAAAUAGCGUCAAACUUCAAAAUAUGCAAUAAAAAAUUUUGUAUUUGACUUCAUGGUUAUCUAAAAAAAAAUUGUAACUUUCUUAGGUGUUACUAAAACUUUUCAAAAAAAAAAUAUGCAAAUGCUAUCAUCAUGAGCCCUGGUUAUUAUUUAGACAAAGUUAUUCUGUGAUAUUAGCGUUCAAUUUAAAUUUAUCAAGUAAAUUUUGCAUUUUAUUAUAUUUAAGUUCAAGAAGUCCAAUUAAUCUUGUUCAAUAACUGUACUACUUGGUUUAUCCAAUUUCAUAAAAAAAAUCAUCAAACUUGAACAGUAUUGGAGAAUUCAGUAAUUUGUCUAACUUAAUUCAAAUAGAUUUAAUUAAUAUUUAAAUAUCUUAAAGUUCCGGUAGAGAAGAAGACCGGUACUUUUGAAUCAAUAAUUGGAAUUACUUUGUUAUUAAUAGGUUUUAUUUUUCUUUUAAUAAGUUUGUGAAGUUUACAAUGUUAACAAUUCCAACCUAAGUUUUAAUUUAAUAUUUUAUUAAAACUUGCUAUUGUACUUGACAUUGUACAGUGUUCUUAUACACUUAAUAAAAUCUCAUAAAUGUUUACUUUUAUAAUAUUAAUAAUUUAUAUUUGUUUUGCCUUUUAGGUACUAUUGGUAACUUCUUCUUUAAUGACAUUGCACGAGUGUAAAAAUGGAUUGAAUGUAAACAAAGUUCGUUUUUUUGAUUCUGAUCAAUUGACGUUAGCUUGUAAGGAAUCAUGGGAUAGAGUAAAAAUUGUGUGUACACAACCGUUCAUUAAGCAAGCCACAUUUGGUUUAUCAUUCAUAACAUUUCAUUCAAAAGAUAUUCCACAAAGAGAACAAAAAGAACCUAUUCAACCACCGAUAUCAAAUUUUGUGCAAUUAGGAUCAUUUACACUAAGAAUGGAUGAUGAACCAGAUGAUCUACACUCUGCUGGUAAAUUAUUUAACAAACGACAUGAAAAUAAAGAAAUUGUAGAUAAGGACUCACCAAUUCAACGGAUAAUUGCGCUUAAUAAAAAAAAUUUAACAAGAAGAGAAGACAGUGUAAAUGAUAAAGCAUUAAGAAAAGAUAACAAUGAUUCACCUUUGACAAGCCGAAAAGUCUCCAAAAAUGAUUCUGUUAAACUAAAAAAAAAAGAUUCAAUAAUUACACCAUUUCAAAAUAAAGGUAUAUUAAUUUUCUGUAAAAUUAAGUGUUUUUAUCAAAUUUUAAAUCAAUUGUUAGCUAAAAUUAUUUUUUUCUCAGUAACAUAUAUUCUUAACCUUUAUUUUAAUGAUAAAAGUUUUCCAAAACUGUCCUACAUAUUUUAAAUAAUUAUUUGCUUAUUUAACUGUUUAAGUAUUAUGUUUAAAAUAUCUAUUAAAUUAUAAGAAGAUAAUACAAUAUCUGUUUUAUAAAGAUUGCAUGGUUUUCACAUUGUUUAAUAAUUUAUAAUUUUUAAAAUAUUAUUGUAAUAAUUAUUCUAAAAGAAUAAUCAUUAUUUGUAUCAAUACAUUAUGAAAAAAAUAUGUUAACCUUUUAUCAGUAGCAGAUUUAGGAUUUUCUCAUGGGGGAGAUAUAUAUAUAAUUAUAUUAUAUGUAUAUAAUACAAUUAUACACAUAAGACAAAUAUAUAUAUAUUUUUUUAUGUAAAACAAUAUUUACUUAUCUUGAUAACUUGAUACCAUAACAUUUUAGCUCACAGAGGAGAAUAUGACCUCCAUAUCCCCUAUUGUAGGUUUGCCAUUGCGUCUUGUAAAUUAAAUUAAAAAUUAUAUAUUAAGAAAAUUUCAUCUACAAUUUGGAUGCCAUUAGUCUUAGAAAUAUAAUACAUUUUAUAUUUAAAAAUAUAAAAUAAUUAUUUUAUAAUAUAAGGUUAUAUAAAAUUAAAAAUGUGUGAAUAAUAAUGGUGUUUUUAAGCGACAGGGACUAAAAAAAAAGAAUCUCCAGUAACAUCAAAUCAACAUCCCAAUUCAGCUGAACCUUCAAGAAAAAAAAUUAAACUUAGUAAAAAUCCAUUGCCAGUGACAAAACCUUUUAAUGAAUUAUUAAAUGAUGUGAUAUUUUUAAUGAGUGGUUAUGAAAAUCCAAAUCGUAGUGCCAUACGUUCAAAAGCUUUAGAAAUGGGUGCUAUUUAUAAAAAUAAUUGGGAUCAAUCAUGUACACAUUUAAUGUAAGUAGUAAUAAAAUAAAAUAAUUUAUAUCACAAUUAAUUAUAUUACCUUACUAAAUUUGUCUAUUAAAUUAAUGAAAUAAUAGAAUAUAUAUUAUUUUAUAGGUGUUUUCCUAAUUAUUUGUCAUUUUAACAUUUCAAACUAGAAAUAUAUAUUUGUAUAUAUAGAUAAUACAAAAAUUAAUUAUACAGGAAUAAUGUUUUAUGUAUAAAUUAUUUAUUUAUAUUCUGCUUUAAGACAUCAGAGUAGAAUUUAAAGUCUUUCUAAUUUAACAAAAAUGUGUUCACAUUAAAGAAACUAAAAGAUCCUAAAAAUUGGUUUUUGAAAUAUAAAAUAUAUUAUACGUUUUGUAGACCAAAAUUGAGUUUACUUUGAACAAAUUUAGUAAUCGAAAAAAAAAAGAUAAUGGGGCCAGGUGUUGCCACUGCUGUAGGGGGAAAGUUAGGAAGAUAGGAUACUGACUAUAAUUUAAUGCAUAUCUGAAAGCAACGAUUAACCAUUGCUACCCAAAAAACGAUUCUGAGCAGAAUUCAGUUUAUAGUGUUGUUUUGUUAACUAUAUAUAUGUCAUAUUUUGGUAAAAUAAUUACAUAUGCAUUAAACAUUUUCUUUAAUAAUAUUUGUUUAAUAUCGUACCUAUUUUCCCGUAUUCCUGGUUUUUCUGAUUUAGUAGAAAAACUUCUAGAAAAGUAAAAAAUGACCUCUUUAAAGUACCCCUCCAGUUAGAUUUCCUUUCAGAAAACAUGCUAUAUUUGUAAAUCCGAACAAUAUUUCUGGUAGAGAAGUUGUUCAAAAAAAAAAAAACAUCAUUGUAAACAAUUAGCUUCUUUGCUUCACUCAGAAUCUAAAACUGUGAUUUAUUAAAUUUAAAAUUGUAAUAAAUAUUUUAAUUGCUUAAUAUAUUUUUUUACAACUUUUUAUGUAUGUAUUUUAUAGAUGUGCUUUUUCAAAUACACCAAAGUAUCGUGAAGCUAAAAGCCAAGGUGUUUAUCGCAUAGUUAAAAGUGAUUGGAUACACAAAUGUCAUGCAAAUAGAUGUCGAUAUCCAUGGAGAAGGUACUAUUUAAAUUAAAUAUAUUUUCUCGUAUAAUAAUUUUUAAAUCAAAAUGUAUUUAGAUUUGCUUUGGAUAAAAUUGAGCAAAAUAAAAUUGAGAGUGAAGAUGAGAUACAUGAACACGUUAAAUCACCUCAAGAUAAUGAUGAUACUGACGAUAUAUGGGACAACAUUCCAUCCAAGUAGUUACAAUUUAUAAUUUUAUUAAGUGUUAAAAUUAUAGCUGUGUACAAAAAACAAAAACAAUGAAUAAAUACAUACUUAUGUGUAAAAAAAGACAUAUUUUGUAACACUAUUGUUACAUUGUGAGCCCUGCGAUCACACUUGACUUUUUAUAAAAUUAUUUAUAUAUUUUUUUUUUUUAUCUUUUACUAAAAAGUACAUUAUGUUUCUUAUAUAUAAUUAAUAAUUUGUAAAAUAAAAAUACAGAAAUUGGGAAUUCCAUUCUAAAAAAAAAAAAAAAUAUUUAAAAACUCAAUAUAAUUAGAAAUGUAGUUAUUAAAUUUAUCAACUCGAGUCUAUAAUAUUAAGAUCUAUUCACUUCCUGAAGUAUUUGUUUCAUUUUUAUCGUUACAGCAGGGUAUGUGCGAUGUUUAUUUUAUCGGUACUGUCAACUUUGUUAAUAGAUAACUAUUUGAGAAUGAUCAAUAGUCUUAUCAUUUAUUUUAGAGGAUAAUAUGUCAUUUGAAGGCAUUAAUAGUAUCAAAUUCAGUUGAUAAUAUUUAUAUGACUACUGAUCUAAAUAUUAUUUGUGUGAUUGUUGCGAACACAUGUGAAUCAAUAACGGGUUAAAAGAAAUAUUUCAAUUGAAAUUUAAAUAUUAACAUAGCAUUUUAUACAAUAAAAAAUACAUUUUUUUUAUUAAUUAAAUAAUAGAUUUUGUUUAUUUCUUUGGUUUAUUGUUCAUUAAAAUCUAAAUAUUAAAAAAUGUAUUACUUCUACAAUUUUUUUCGACCAAUUUCCGUUUCUACAAUGUUUCACCAUUCUUUCCUAUGUAUUACUAGCUCUUCUUCAUCCAGCAAGAUUUUUAAAUCAUUUUUGACCAGAUUUUCCCACCAUUUAUAUUAUAAGAAUUUUAUCAAGAAUCUUACUACUAGAUAACACUUGACCUUAUUAAUUAUUAAUACAAUCAUUUUUCUGUAUAAUAUAAUUUAUAAUGUAGAUGACACAAAAGUGUGACUUUUAUUAUUGAACUUUAUUUGUUUUUAUUAUUGAAUAAUAAAACAAGCAUUAUAUGGAAAAUCUCUUAAUUUGGUUAAAUAUGCAACACAUAUUUUUAUUUUGUGCGUAUUUAUUUCUAAUCAGAAUUUGAAAAUGCAGUUUCCUAAAAUAUAUGUAAAUGCAUUGCCCUGUUCCAAGCAAUGAUUAUUAUAAGAAUUUAAAUACUUAACUGAUAACAUUUUUUUAUUUACAUAGGCAACCAGUUAUUUCAACAUCGCAAACAAAUGUUUUAGCAAAUCAACAAUGUACUGUUGAUUUAAGUGUUUAUGAUGCAGCUACUGAUAUUGAUUCAGAUUCAGAUAAUAUUUCUAAUGAUAUAUUAGCUGAUGAACGCAGUGCACCAUUGCCAUUAAUAGAAAAUGUAUUCCGAGAAUGUUCAUUUUAUUUAUCACCUACUUUGAAACCUUUAAUAACCAAAGAAUGUUAUCGCUACAUAAUUGCACUUGAUGGGUAAUUUAUAAUUUUUUAAUGCCAUAAAUCACUUAUAAUAUUUUUUAAUUUGUUCAAUUCACAAGUAUUAUUACUAUUAUUUUUACAGAAAAUUGAAUACAAAGGAAAAAUGUGAUUAUAUUGUUUCAAUAGAUACAGAUGAUCUAAAGGUUAGAAUAUAUUGUCUCAUUAAGAUUAUUUAUUUUGUCAAAAUUUGAAUUUGAAAUAUAUAUUUCAGUUACAGAACACUGUUACACCACAAUGGAUAUAUGACUGCUAUGACGAGGGAAAAGUACUACCUUUAAACAAUGAGCAAAAAAAUAAUUAA